CAGUCUCAUAAGAAAGCCAUAGAGAAGAGACUUCCUCCAGCCACUUUUCAUCGACCCUCAUUGACCCAUGAACUGGGAAACUCCGUAUCCAUCGUGUCUUCCCCGAUUUGUCCCCCGCGCAGCCACUCACAUGCUCAGCCCUGUUGAGUAAUCCGCAAAGCGCAGAGCACGUCGAUUUGCCCUCCAACCGCCCCUCAGGCCGAAAGAGAACAUUCUAUAUCGAUCGCUGAGCCGAGUUUGCCAAGUUCGCUAUUUUCCAUCAAGAAGAACCGCUGCGGUUUCUGGUCGGCCCAUUCGCUCUUCUAGAAAUAGAACGAACCCGCACCGACGGCGCACAGGGACACCUUCGAUAAAAGGCUCACGUUCUGCCAAAUAACCUUCAGUCGCGGUUUUGCAGCGUCUUGGUAGCGGUGAUGGAUGGGAUGGGAGAUACCUCGGAUGGCAUGGGAUUCGACAUACCCAUGCUAAUGGGUCAACAGACGCAUCUUUUUGGCGCCUACAACCAGGAUGGCUCGGCCGUUUCUUCGGUCCUUCCAGGGCCAGUCUUUCAAGAGGAAAUACCAAUGGGUGGAAACGAGGACACUAAUGAUGCGAAGAGGAGAAGAAUCGCAAGGGUACGGGUCCUUUGUUGCUGUGCAAACUUGAUGCAGAAACUCACUGAGAUUCUGUAUAGGCAUGCGAUAUGUGUCGAAGAAAGAAGAUAAAAUGCGACGGUAAAAUGCCCAAAUGCUCCCACUGCAUCAACUACAAGACAGAUUGUGUUUUCACACAGGUGGAGAAAAAGCGGAAUCCCCCUAAGGGUGCCAAGUACAUUGAGGGCUUAGAGAAUCGACUUGGAAGAAUGGAGUCUCUGCUACGACUUUCCGGUCUCCUGUCUGAAGAUGAUGGAGGCAAAACCGAUCUCGGGACCUUGGAGAAGCGCCUUGCCGAUAGGUCGCUAGCAAACGGGGCGAAUCCUCUGAAGACGGCGCAAAACCUAGGCGCUCAAGGUGUAAUGCAGCCCACGACCACAUCCCAAUCUACUCCACAUGCAGAGUCUCAGUCGACUCCACGAACAACUAAUGCUUCCCCCGAGCCACAGAAGGACUCGGAAACGGAAGUGGAGGCUCUGUCCGACAUGAUGUGUUCACUGGUCACAAACAACUGUGGAGAGACGCGGUACAUCGGGUCAUCAUCAGGGUUCUCAAUAUUCUCACCAAAAGGCAUUCAAUGGGUGAAUGAGAAGACUGGCGACACAUCUUUUCAGGAUAUGCUUUCUUCGGCCUUCAUCGACGAUAAUAAAUGGAUGUACUGGAAACCCGACAUUUUCAGCGAUAUAUUUGCACGUCGCGUGUUCAAGCCGCUGCCUCCUAAGGACGAAGCAUUAUCCCUUUUCAGGGAUUAUUUCGAUAAUUUCAACUGCUUGUUCCCGUUAUUUCACGAACCCACGUUCAUGUAUUUAGUGGAACGACAGUAUUCCCGAGAUCCAUAUGAAGGCUCUGGUUGGUGGGCCAGUAUCAACGUUGUGCUCGCAAUUGCCCACAGGCUGCGAGUUAUGAAUAACCUAGUACCCCAAGAGGAAGACAAGAAGGCCUGGCUGUAUCUAAAAAAUGCCAUGGCUGUUCUGACGGAGUUGACCAUGCGGAACACAGACCUGUUGAGCGUUCAAGCCUUGCUGGGAAUGUCUCUUUUCCUCCAGGGAACACCAAACCCUCAACCUUCGUUCUUCUUGGUAGCAGCAGCGAUACGGCUGUCACACAGCAUUGGCCUUCAUAAAAAAGGUGCGGCUCUCGGGCUGAACCCAGUUGAAGUCGAACAAAGGAACAGAGUUUUUUGGAUUGCCUAUCUUCUUGACAGAGAUAUCUGUCUCCGUUCUGGAAGACCUCCAGUACAAGAUGACGAUGACAUGAACGUUAGCUUCCCCAGCGAGGACCCCCCUGACUGCAUUGGAAAUGUUCCACUUUCGGACGGUUCUGGGAAGUUCAAUAUAUUUAGCGCAAUGUGUAAGUUCGCUACUAUCGCAAGCAAGGUUUAUAAACGACUCUACUCCGCAAAAGCCGCGAAACAGUCAGACGGCGAGCUGCUUAAUACCAUUGGGGAGCUUGAUAGAGAAUUGGAGGAAUGGAAAGACAGUAUCCCUCUCGACUUUAGGCCAGAGAAUGAAAUCAAGGCUACGUAUACACCAUUGAUUCUACAUGUUGCCAUCCUCCAUUUUGCUUACUACAACUGCCUAACGACAAUCCAUCGGAUGUCGGUGCAUCAUGGCUACUGGACAAGCCGUCUGUCUAACUACGCUGUCCAAGGUCUCAAUGCAAGACCACUUAACCCUCGAGUGUUUCUGUCGUCAGUUCUCUGCGUAACAGCUGCGAGAGGAACAAUAAACCUGAUCAAAUAUAUCCCACAGGGUGACUUCGCCUGUGUCUGGUUAAUUCUCUAUUAUCCCGUGUCUGCUUUGGUCACGUUAUUCGCCAACAUUCUUCAGAAUCCGAAUGAACCACGAGCUCGCUCGGAUGUUAAGUUAAUGGAUGUCGUUGUUAACUUUCUCUCCAAUCUUGUUUCUGAUGAGUCAAAUGGAAACAUCAAACGCAUGCUUACUCUCUGUGGAGAGUUUGAAAGAAUCGCCAAGGUCGUUAUCGACAAGGCUGAAAAAGAAUCUCACUCGAGAAAGAAGCGCAAGGCAGCACCAGACCAGAACGCGCGUCAACAGCAAGACAGGAAAGAUAAUUCAGCACCGAAUUCGGCGCCGACUGCAUCGUCAGGGGCAGCUGGUGCACCACCUACAACUACCACAGCAUAUUCACCACCUCUAGCGAAUGUUAACAGCGAUCCGAUUGUUUCUGGGUCAAAUCCCGUGGAUCUUUCGGGUCACGUGCAUGGUUUACCAGAUCUCGGACAGAACAUCAUCCCUGACAUGCUCAGUCCAACUAACAUGGGGAAUCCGAAUUUAGCCGACCAGACACAGUUCACCACAACAGACAGUACACCGUCAAGUUUGUCAGCUUUUCAGCAGCCCUUUGUUCCUCAAGAUUUAUGGCAAAUCCCAAUGUCCCUAGAAUGGGACUGGGCGGACAUGCCAACUAGUUUCCCGGUUUUUGAUAACGGGAUGAACUCUGGCGGGCCUCCCCACACGGACCCGUAAUUGCUGCUGAGUUGGAGGACGAAAAUAUAUCUAGCUUUUACUAAAUAAGCCAUGGCGCUUUUGGUUUGCAUUAAUGAAUGGGGGCAUAAGUGUCGAGAAAAAGGUGACGUCUUAGGGCUGACAGUGUGUGUUCUUUGAGCAGAUUCAGCCGAUCUUCUUCACUUUGAACAUGCAUUUCAGGGGCAAUUAGUGCGACUGUUUAUUUAAUACAUUUUAAUGGCGCGAGUUUGUCCAGACGGGCAUGU